CCACUCCUGCGGGAAGCCUGUCUCACAAACGUGCUUCUCAUUUCAAGGGGCUUCUGGAUUUUUAAACUAUAAAGACAGCUGAAAACCCCUGAGAUGCUUUGCUUAGCCACUGCUGUGUGGCCAGAGCAGAACUGAACCCUGGCAGUGUCACAAUGCCGGCAGUUUGUCUGGCUUUGCAGCCAUGUGUCCGAUACUGAAAUGCAAGGCUGUGGAGAAUCAAUGUUUUAAUAUUUACCAGAAUAUCUUGCUACACAGAGCAGAUAGUUUCUGCUAUACUUUUAGCUAGCUCUGGUUUAGGUCUCUGUCCACACACGCUUAACUCAGAGAGGGGGAAAAAGCAAACAAAUGGAGGGGGGGGAAGCCCUUGCCAUGCACAGAAUUAAAAAUAAUAAUAAAAAAUAUCUGUAAGGUUUUGUGUUGCAUAAGUGCCCCUAGAACUAAUCUGGUACAUCUCCAAGUAAAACAGAAAUCUUUGAUGCUUGCAACUUUCUCUCUGGUGGAAUGACAAUAGUUUCUGUGUGUGUUAACUCUCUGAAUGUUUGCUGUAGAUAUUAUCAAUGGGCAUAUUUUCUUUAAAGGAGUAUAUUAAAGUUUAAAGCAAAGAAACUCUUCCCCUAGCUUGUGAACACAACAAAUACAAAAAUUAGGUAGUAAAAUCUGAAUUGAAAACAGUCCUAGCUGUUAAGCUGUAUGUUUUGCAGGUGAGCUGGAGCAAAAACAUGUCCGGAGGCAUGGCAUAGCCUGGGUUGGGUGAGGAGCUCUCCUUGAAAGCCCCAGCAGUCAGCAAAUGCCAGCUGGAGUUUUGUCCAAGGUUCCAUAUAUGACUUACACAGCCACAUAUUUUGAGGAAUUCGUUGCAGUCUUUUCAUCUUCUGUUGGAGCCCUGUAUGUUGGUAAAAAACAGAGCUUGUCUUCACUCUCAGGAAGGAGCCUCCGCCCGCACACAAGUGAGCAAGAAGCAUUACCUGUUGUUGACCCAGAUGUCAAAAUGUCAGCAGCCGCCAUAGAUAACCACUGUUGUUCCCGUGGCUGAUGGGGAGUUGUCACAGAGACGCUGCCAACCAGACUUGCGGAGGGCGUUUGCUGCGACGCUGAGAUCCCAGUCUCUUGAGCGCUGCUGUGAGCUACAAUGCUGCAGGAAGGGGAGCACUCGUGCCAGGGCAGCUGUGCGUGGGUAGUGUGGGCUGCCCAGUGCGCAGCUUCACCCCACGCCUGCAGGAGGGAGCAGCACGUGUAGACCAGUCUCUCUUGGCUGCCUCACACCACCGUCCUGUACAGAGGAGCUCUGCCACCUGGGACGGGGAGUCUUUUCCAAUUAAUAAUCUACCCCAAAGCUGCCGUGCUUACCCAAGUUGUGUGUACUUCCUGACGCUGAAGGAUUUUGAACUUGCCCUGGAAGAGCGGUGCAGCAGCCGCCUCCCUGCCCCCUCUCUGCCAGCCCUGCGCGUGCACCCCUGGGAGCUCUGCGCUCACUCUUCAUAGGAGCGUGGAACGGCAGCAAGGGCCUGGGUGAAAGACGGGAACCAAGAAGCCCUUGUCCGGUGACAGUGUUUGGGAAGGCUAUCUGCCUUUUCAGUGUAGCUGUUGAAAAGACAAACACGAUACAGUCUGGCAAAGGUGAUUUCCUGCAUAACUCAAACGUCUCAUCUGUAACUUUCUGCCCUCUCUACUUGCAGCUCUCUCUUCAGGCAUUCUCUUCAAAUGCAUCUCCAGUCCUUAAUGGUGAACACAGGCAUGUGUGAACACCCACUGUAAUAUUCUGCAUGCUAACGGUUCUGUGUGUCUAUGGAGCCGAGAGGAUACAAGCUGAGGAGCUGUAUGGGAACACCGGAGAAAAUGAAAAUGGAAAUUAACUUCUAAAGAAUUAGAAUAGCCAGAAAUCUGGAGAGAAACGGUAAAACACUUAACAGGACAGGUAGAUUUAUUUUUUUUUUUUCUUUUCAUGUUUCACUUACCAAAGCAAAAACAUUCUCCAUGCAGAUAAACGUUCUUUAACAUAAAAUUGAGAAACUGUGUCUCUGGGCCACAAUGCUAAUUGGCAGAAGUACCCCCUUAAGCUGCAUGGAAAGUUACUGCUGAUCAUUCCUGAAAAUGAUGUAAUGGAGCAGCUGCAUCAGUGUUCACUCCGCAGAGGGAACCUGAGGCACUUUUUCUCAAACCUUUAAAGAUGCCCUAAAAGCUAAAACAAGCUAUUAAUCAAGGAUCUAGUUGAAAUAUGGAUGGCUUGGUGAGGCUGAAUGGAAGACUGAGCAUAAAGAAUGUGCUGAUCUGCCCAAGACGAGUUGGUGGUUUGUUAAUUUUCAGUGUGUGAUUUCACUGAGACACAGUUACUUGUGAGUAGAUGCAUGUUUUUCACAAUGUGCAUGCUGUCAAAUAUGUUCUUCCUGGUCAGAGAUUUAUUUUCUUUAUGGCAUGCUAAGAGCUUUUCCUCAUGGCCUCCAUCUGUUUCCUUCUCUUUCAUUUUAGUAUUUGAUGUUUCCUUCCCAGCCUAGUAGCUUCCCUGUUAUUUUCUGGAGUGGUGUGCAGCGAUACACAUAUAAGCCUUCUUGUACAGAGAUGUGUUCAUCGCAAAUUUUCACAAACCGGUUUGAAGGAGUGCCCUGGCUUUCACGCCACAAAGCCGAAGCAGCGUGUCCCAGCCCGGCGUGCAGAUGCAUCUCCAUUUUUUUUGUGGAGUUUCAGGCAUACUUUGGGCAGGAUUAUGCCAGAACAGCUUGGAUUCACUCCAUUGUCGACUGUGCUACGAUGCUCUCCCCACUUGGGAGUUUAAUAAGUAAUCAUGUGUCCUGCCAAGCUGGUAUCAUGCUAGGAGGGCUGCUUGCAUCUACUGGACUAAUUUUGAGUUCAUUCGCCACCAGCCUGGAACAUCUCUACUUAUCAUUAGGAGUCCUUACAGGACUUGGGUUUGCACUCUGUUACUCUCCAGCCAUCGCCAUGGUGGGCAAAUACUUCAACGAAAGAAAAGCACUGGCGUAUGGAAUAGCCAUGUCAGGAAGUGGAAUCGGUACCUUCAUCCUGGCCCCUGUGGUCCAGCUCUUAAUCGAGCAGUUUUCCUGGCGUGGAGCUUUACUCAUCCUGGGAGGUUUUGUUUUAAACCUCUGUGUCUGUGGUGCCUUGAUGCGGCCUAUUGCUCUUAAAGAGGACCGUAAAACUGCUCCUGAGUUUCUUGAACAGGAUUAUGUCCCCAAAGCGCAGAAACAAGACUUAAAGCGAAUGUCCAUCUGUUCACCUGUAAUCAAAGUGUGGUCUCGUGAAUCUUUAUGCUACUGUUCAUGGAAGGAAUACGACUUUUUACUGAUGCCAGGCUUCAUGGUGCUGGCAGUGUCAGUUUUAUUUAUGGCAUAUGGCUGUAGCCCUCUUUUUGUCUACCUAGUGCCUUAUGCUUUGAGCGUUGGAGUGAGUCAUCACCAGGCUGCCUUCCUCAUGUCCAUACUUGGUGUCAUAGACAUCAUUGGUAAUAUCACCUUUGGAUGGCUAACAGACAGAAGGUGUCUGAAGAAGCAUCGGCACUUUUGCUACCUCUUUGCUGUGGGAAUGGAUGGCCUUUGUUGUCUUCUCCUGCCAGUUCUCCAAAACUUCCCCUUGCUUGUGCCUUUCUCAUUUACCUUUGGUUACUUCGAUGGAGCCUAUGUAACGCUGAUCCCAGUUAUGACAGCAGAUGUAGUGGGAACUUCUUCCUUAUCAUCAGCACUGGGUGUCGUGUAUUUUCUACAUGCCAUACCAUAUUUAGUGAGCCUGCCUGUUGCAGGUUGGCUUGUGGACACAACUGGCAGCUAUACUGCAUCAUUCCUCCUGUGUGGAUUUUCUAUGAUAUGUAGUUCAACAUUAUUGUGCGUUGCAAGACUAGCAAAGAAAAUCAAAAGAACGUAUUUGCGGUCACUCACCAAUGAUACGGGCACAAAACAGCACAUCUGGACAAAUGGAGCAAUAGCUUAUUCUGUCACAGCAGAAUUAGACCAAAAGGACAUUGAAUUUUUGGCGGUGGAUAAAAACAGCUACAACAGAUGACAAGUACUGACAAGAUUCAGUACUGCACAGCCAUGAGUGAGGCGGUGGUAGCUCUAUAGUGUUAUGCUGUUGAAGAUACUACUUCUGUGAAACAAGGCAACUCUCAUUUAGAUUUUUCUGUCAUGUUUUAGUUGUCUAAAAUCUAUGCACAGCAACAGUAAUACCAAGUCAAUGCAGUAAUAGAAGAAAGCUAGACUGAAAAUAGAGUUUGUAGAUACAAAUGAUCACAGAUUUAUUUGAAAUGCAGUAUGUCAGCUCCACAGGUAAUCUCAAAGAUGAUAAUUGGCUACAAUCAAAAUAAAACUAUAAAGUAAUCAGUCACCAAAACUGGUGUUCUGGUCUAUUAUGUUUCAAUGGAGUAAUCACACACACAACAAAAAACGUUCCACGUCUAUCAGUCUGCAUUAAACUCUUUGCAAAUGACUGUUUCAAAUGCCAAAGCCUCUUUUUGUUUUGUUUUGUUUUUUAGAAAAUCAGGCAGGAAACUGUGAUUUAUGCUGAAAGUAUCUCUGAAGCAGCUUUAGUUUUUACAAUGUGCCUGAAUUUUGUACAUACAUUGCAAUUUCAUUUCAAAUAUGGUUUUAGAUCUACUUUCGCAAGCCCCUACAGCAAAAUUUUGAGGUGCUUGCUAUUUUUCUCCUGGAUAUCUUUAAAGCUUGAAUUUUUAAGCAUUGACUUUCCAGGUAUGAUCAUCGAGCUGAUCUGUGUCUGGGAGGGUGGAAGAGGUGCUGUGGCUGCCCUCCUAUCUGAACAAGAGUAAAUCUGUGCCAGGGGACUAAGCACACUGAUAGACAAACCUGCUUUAGCUGCAUUAGUUUGAAGCCCAAAGGCAGCUCAGGAGAGCAGAGGAGGAGCUCGUGUGUUCCCAAAUACAGAGCCUCUUCCUUCUGUAAAAUCAGCAGCUGUUGAAGAAAUGUAGAGGCUGUACAAGCAGAUGAGUGAGAGGCUACCCGCUCCAGAGGCUAUUAGUAAAGAGAAUGUUGGCAAAGUUUUUUUCUGUGCGUUGCAGUGACAAGUCUGUCUCUCUUCGUGCCCAGGAGCUGUGGCUUCAGGUGGUGCAAAUUACUCGUUUGUGCCAGCUGAAGAGCUGAUCAGGUCACUUGUCCUGGAUGGCCAGAACACAACUGUGGCAAUUUGCCGAUGGUUUCCUGCCAUGUGUAUGAGGAAUAUAUUACAGCCUGGCUGUGACACGGGAGCUAUGGAAUGAGUGUAGCUCAUGGGUUAAAUUACUGAUGUGAUGGUCUAAUAAAUAAUGGGAUGAUUGUACAUUUCCAGAGUGAGACUUUGUUGUCAACAUUGUGAGACAGAGUUGUCAGCAUUGGAGGAACUUCACAGUCUGCAAUGCAAAUCAUUUCUGUCAUUUGAUGCUGUGUACAGCUGCGUUCUGUUCAUUAGCAAAUUGAUCAGAGUCCAAAUAAUUGUAAUCAAUGCUGAACUACUAGUUUUGCUAAUCAUCUGCAGUGUAGCAAUGGUUGCUCGUGGUGUCCUAUUCAGCUCUGUGCUUCAGAAGGGAAAGCAACAUAGACUGAUGUUUAACAGUUUGAUUUAGAUCAAGAGUACAGCCAUAGGUAUAUAAUGUAUUUACAUAUAUAUAUAUGAAUAGUAUGUGUAUCAAGUAGUUUUAUUAUUCAUGCAUAUUUGAAAUAUAACAUAUUAAAGUUCUUUGACUUCGGUUGUCUGUGCUCAAACAAAGCAUUUCUUACUGCCCUGCUUCAGAAGUACAGUCAGAGCCAGUAGCAUGAUUUAUGUGCACAGACCACAGAAUAAGAGAUGGGAGUGCAAAAACUGCUUAAAACUAAUGAUAUAUAACCUUUUUCCAGUUUCCAGCUCUGCAUGGCAAUUAAGUCUUGGGUACUAAUUUUAAUUUAAACAUAAGGUUCAUAAAAAAAGACAAAAAAUUACUCAUGAGUAUUUAUUUCUUAAUGAGUUAGGAAAAAUAUGCAUUGGGAAGUGGCUUUAUUAAUUAGAGAUUAAGAUACUGGUUUAGAUGUUAAUGCAAAAUUUUAAUAUUAAAAAAGUAGGAAAUAGUGUGGUCUACAAAGAAGAUAAGUUAUUUUCAACAGGUUAUAAAUUACCACUGUAUUUACAUUACAAAAAACUUUACGACAUCACUGUGUCAGCAGUUCAUGCCAGAACUGCAUAUUGUAAAAGCCUGUUGGAAUAAUACUAUAUGUAUUUUUAUCCUAGUAAACAAUACUGUGUAAUGAA